UUCACUACUCUUAAGGAACAAUUGCUAAAUCCUAAUCCAAGUGUGAUCUCCGUGUGGGGACGUUCUGGUGUUGGAAAAUCAACUCUUGUCAGAAGAAUCUUCUCCCGUCCAGUUCUGACGAGGCGUUGGUAUGGAUGUGCAGCAUCUAGCUGGGUUGACGUGCCCAAUUCAUUCGAUCUGGCGGACUUCUCAUGGCACUUGCUCCUGGAUUUCCAGUCAACUCACGAAGAAAAAGUAGCUGCAGCAGCUGGUCUGAUGAAAGGCCAAGAUCCGAUUCAAGCGUGUCGUGAGAUUCUGAAUGAAGAAGAAUACAUAGUCGUUAUUGAUGGUCUGCAGUCAAAACAAGAUUGGGACAUUAUAAGAAAAACCUUCUUCUCCGAGUUGCAUACUUCAAGGGGCAGCCAUAUAAUUGUCAUCACAAAUGAGAAAAGUGUUGCCAAACAUUCUGUAGAUGACAAAAAAGACCAGCUUCUCAAAGUCAAACACCUUAGGGAUGGUGACUCCAUUGGCCUUCCCUUGGUAAAGGAUCCUGUUUUCUUUGUUGGGCGUGUGGAAGAACAACGUGUCAUUACAGAACAACUAUGGGUACCCGGGGUUAUUAUUUCCCUUUGGGGUAUUGCUGGUGUCGGGAAAUCAGCACUGGUCAGGAAAAUUUUCGAGGACCCUGUGGUUCAUUAUGUCAGAGGAAAGGAACAAAAGUAUAGCUGGGUGGAUGUGCCUCAUCCAUUCCGUCUGAUGGAAUUCUCUCGCCGCUUGCUUUUGGGUUUUUAUUCCAAGGAUCUUCAUGCCCAGGAAACUGCAGCAGUUGGCAUCAUGGAAGGUCAAGACACAAUUCAAGCGUGUUGUCACUUUCUUCAGCAAUACGAGUGUGCUAUUGUUAUCGAUGGUCUAAGAUCCACUCAUGAUUGGGAUUCGAUAAAAGCUGUCUUUUUAUCGGAGCCUACUCAAAGCAGCCGCAUCACUGUCAUUACAACUGAAGAAACUGUUGCCACACAUUGCUCGCUUGACAAACGUAGAGUGCACAACAUUAAGGGCCUAGAUGCUAAGGAUGCCCUUCGUCUCUUCAAAGAGAUAGCUGGGGGCUCUCGGCGAUUGGCUUCCAAGAUGGAUCGUGUAAAACUUAUCAUGGCCAAGUGUGGCGGACUUCCCAAAGUAAUAUCUGUUAUAGCCCAGGAAAUAUCUAAGAUAAACAGUGAGUCCUACCCAGAAACAGCCUUGGCAACCAUAUUAGGUGGUAUAUGUGAUGACUUUAUGGGCAAGCUGGAGACAGACCCAACAUUCAAUGUAUUGAAAGAUCUAUUUAGUUGGAUGCAAUCCUACUUUGAUGCUUGUUCAGAUUCACUCAAGCCAUGUAUCUUCUAUCUCUCAGUCUUUUCAGCUGACAAGAGAAUUAGGCGAAGGCGUUUGCUGAGGCGGUGGAUUGCCGAGGGUUACUCGAGAGACACAUCUGGUGGUGGUACCGCGGAAGAGAAUGGUGAAAAGUUGUUUGCUGAUCUUGUUAAGUCAAGCAUAAUCCAGUUGACACAGACACCAGGCAGCAAUGACAAAGUCGAUGAUGAUGUGUGCCAAGUCAAUGGUUUCUUCCGUGAAUACAUAAUCUCACGGCCCAUGGAAGAUAACCUUGUGUUUGCACUUGAGGGAUGUUGCAGCAUCAACUCUCAACGUGCCGGACAACACCUCACCAUAAGGAAUUGUUGGGACGGAGACGAGAUUGUAUUCAAAAGCAUCGACUUCACACGACUACGGUCUUUGACUGUGUUUGGGGCGUGGAGGUCAUUCUUCAUCUCUAAUGAUAUCAAUAUGGAACUGCUUCGGGUGCUUGAUCUGGAGGACACAGACUCAGGUUUGACGGAUCAUGUCCUGGAGCAGAUCGGGAAGCAAUUGCCUCGUCUCAAGUUUCUCUCUGUGCGUGGAUGCAAAGAUAUUACCCGUCUGCCAGAUUCAUUGGGUGGAUUGAGGCAAUUGCAGACUCUAGAUAUCAGACACACCAAAAUAGCCAUACUGCCACAUUCCAUUAUCAAGCUAGUAAAAUUGCAAUAUGUUCGUGCUGGUACCACUCAUGUAACAUCGAGUGAAGGUGGCAAUGCAGGCCGACCAUCCCCGGAUGAGGACGACAGUAUAUCAACACCAUCAGAGGACAGCUUGUCGUCAGAGGAAGAUGGUGUUGGCACAGUCGCAGGCAUAGCAACAACACAGGUAGACAACGACAGCUUGAUGAGAAUCGAACAACCACCGCCAGCAUCAACAGGUGAGGAUGAGACAAGUAGAAGUCAACUAACAAAAUCAGAUGGUGAUUGCACAGGAGAAAAGCAAUCUGGAACAUCAAACGGUGAAGACACAAGCAUAACCCAAUCAGUACUAGCAGCAGAUGGUGAAGGCACAAGCACAAGCCAACCACCACCAGCAGCAGCGGAUGAUAGCAUGAGCAUAAACUAUGAUGAUACUAGCAGAAGACCACAAGCAGAGGAUGAUGACUGGGCCUCAACUACAGGAGCUCCAUGUAGGAGCAAGGCGCGCAAUGCAGUGGUAUCAUACUCCUGCAGUUGGUGGUCCAAGAAGAAGUUGUGUGCAAGCCAACAGAUUGAUGUCAAUUUCGGUGUUGAGGCACCUGCUGCAGGUAUUGGGAAGUUGACGGCCUUACAAACUUUUGGUGUUGUGAAUGUGGGUGGUGCACGUGGGAAGUCCAUCCUCAAGGAGCUCAAGAAGCUUACACAGCUGCGCAAGCUCGGGGUGUGCGGCAUCAACCGGGAAAACUGGCAGGAUUUGUGUUGUAACAUCUUGGGCCACGGCCAUCUCAAGUCAUUGUCAGUGCAUCUCGACAAGGAUGAUGAUGGAGCAACUUUCUUUUCAUCUACGGGUGCCAUGUUCUCUAGCCUACCCAAGAACCUAAAGAGCCUUAAGCUAUACAGCGGGGAUGGACAUGGGAAUGUGCUUGUACCGUCGGUGUGGAUCAAGCAGUUUGACAAUCUCAGGAAUCUCACAAAGCAAAAUCUCGGGCUGAGAAUAUCGACCCAAGAUGACAUUGACAGCUUUGCCGAAUUUCCCAAUCAAGUUAUGUUUCGUCAUAUUUGUGUCAAGCCGACUCAAGAUUGUGAGCUCCGUUAUUAUACGAAGUAUAGAUUAGGAUGGCAAGGCUCGGAAUCCUUAGUCCUCAAGAUUGAUUGUGGUAUCUACAAGUUAGAGAUUGCUUUUGGAUUUUGGAUAGCAAAACAUGUUGAGGUGCUGGUGGUCCAUUGCUCUAGUACGGAGUCGUCACUGAAACUUUCUGGGCUAGAGUAUAUGCGGAGCCUCAAGGAGGUCGUGUUGAAGGGCUCCUACAGUGAAGCAGUGAAGCAGCACUUGCAGCAGCAAGUUGACCAGCAUGAGGGAAAACCUGUGCUGAAGCUGGAAGACGGAGAGAGCCAUCAAUCUCGGGAACCAAAAGACCCUGCUGCCCCUUGUGCGUGCUGCCACACUUGCGCGUCGUGUUGCUUCAAUGGCAUCGCAUCCACAUGCAAGUAGCAGCAGCUUAUGUGUGUUCAUUCACAGUCGAAGAAGAACCAGAUCUCGUUGAUCGUUUUGGUAUUCGAAGCACUCAGCAUCAAUAAAUAAGCGCAAGUCAGCUUGUACGCACAGACACUGCUCCAGGGAAUGUGUGUGUGUUCUUUUGAUUAAUCAAAAUUCUCAAACUGUUGGUACUUGGAGUAUAUUUUGUUCUUAUGCAAGCUUGUCGAUCCGGUAAUUGUAGCUCCGUGAGUUUGUUUUCGGUUGGACCAAAAUACGCAUGUACCGAACAAUCUGCCGAGAUAGGCACGUGCAAUAGCAGCAGCUUC